AUGAUAUAUAAAAUAUAUCUACUAUAAUAUAUAAAUAUCUACCUAGUCUCUCUGCUUCACUACUGGAACAUGUUAUCAAAGAAGAGAAACAGCUAGAGAAGGGGCCCUUGAUUAAGUAAUUAACAAAUAGUUACUUAACUAACUAAUCAUGGGUUAUAUCGAUGGAAAAUGGGCACCGCUGAUCACGAUGACUGUGAUUCACAUGAUUAAUGGGAUGGUUAACGCUUUGAUUAAGAAAGUUCUUGAUGGAGGCAUUAAUCAUAUGGUCAUUGCUACCUAUCGUUUGGGUAUCUCCACCAUAUUUCUUCUUCCGGUCGCUUAUUUUGGGAACGGUAAGAAAACAAGGCCGAAGCUUACCAUAAGCAUUUCGUGCCAGCUUUUCAUCAGUGCUCUUUUUGGGGCGAGCUUGGUACUGUAUUUCUACUUACUCGGACUCACCUAUACUUCUGCUACGUUAGGAUCUGCUUUCUCGGCGAUAAUGCCUGCCCUUACUUUCAUUAUGGCUUUAAUAUUUAGGUUCGAGAAGCUAAAUAUGAAAACAAAAGUGGGAUACGGCAUCGUUCUUGGAACUAUGAUAAGCUUAGGAGGAGCUUUAGUUCUUACGAUGUACCUAGGCAUCCCGUUAACGAACUCUCAAGAACAAGCCUCGACUUUAAAACAUCUCACAAAACAUGCGCAUUGGACCAAAGGUUGUAUAUUUUUAUUCAUAUCAGUUAUGUUUUUCAGUUCUUGGAUGCUUAUACAAGCCAAAGUCAACGUGAAUUACCCUUGUCCAUACUCGAGCACCGUUAUUUUAUCUGCUUUCGGUACGCUUCAGUGCGCCCUUCUUAGCUUGAUCAAGACUAGAAAUGCAAAAGAAUGGAUCCUCAAAGACAGACUCACCAUCAUCACCAUCAUUAUAGCGGGUGUGGUUGCACAAGGAAUGUGUACGGUGGGAAUAUCAUGGUGUAUCAAACAGCGAGGACCUGUCUUUACCUCAGCAUUUACUCCUGUCAUGCUUAUGUCUGCAACCUUGUUUGAUUUCUUGAUAUUUAAUCGUAUGAUUUAUUUGGGAAGCGUAAUCGGAUCUGUGGUGGUGGUGAUUGGCUUAUACGUAUUUUUAUGGAGUAAGAGCAAACAAAUAAAUGACUGUGAGAUCAGUAAGUUACCUACAAACGCCGUGGAAGAAGAAAAGGAAGAUGAAGACCAUAAAAAUGUUAACAAAUUAGGCAAUCUUUUGGUUAUCCCCAUGACUCCUUGAUCCACUUCCCUAGCUAAACCCUAUAUACCUUCAACUAGAAGGGACCGAUAUGCCAUCUUGACAUUUCAUCAAAUAUGAACAAGAUUAGAAAUUCUCCUUUGAAUGUUGAUCGGAGAAUAUCAUCAUUUUUAUUUGGAUAGUGUAAUAUAUUUAUAUAAAUAAACAGUAUGGAAUAUGACUUCAAUAUACUAAA